UGAAUGCAAGAUCCUCCACUAAUUCUCUUCCCCUUUGUGAACAAACCCCUCCCUCAUCUUCUUCUUCUAGAGGCUUCUUUCUCUGCUGCAAGUCAAUGGCGUCCGAUCUCGUCACCAAGGCGAAGGAGGCUUUCAUCGACGACCACUUCGAACUCGCCGUUGACCUCUACUCUCAGGCCAUCCUCAUCGACCCUACCAAUGCCGACCUCUUCUCCGAUCGUGCUCAGGCCAAUAUCAAACUCCAUAACUUCACCGAAGCUGUGUCUGAUGCAAACAAAGCAAUUGAGUUGGACCGCUCGAAUCCAAAGGCAUAUCUGCGCAAAGGCACUGCAUGUUUCAAUCUUGAAGAAUAUCAGACUGCUAAAACAGCCUUUGAAGCUGGUGCUGCUUUAGUUCCAGAAGACAAAAGAUUCGGUGAAUGGAUAAAAAAGUGCGACAACUGCAUUGCAGAGGAAAAUGAUGAGCUGUCAACGCCAUCACCGGCUGCAACGUCUGCUGAGGUUGUUGCUAAAACCGAUGCUGCGCCAAAAGAAACUGAACCAGUAAAUAACGUCACGCCAGCCAAACCAAAAUACAGGCAUGAGUUCUAUCAAAAACCAGAGGAGGUAGUUGUGACCAUAUUUGCAAAGGGCAUACCAGCUGAAAGUGUUACAGUUAACUAUGGGGAACAAAUUCUAAGUGUAUCCAUUGACGUGCCCGGAGAAGAGAAAUAUGUUUUUCAACCUCGCCUGUUCGGAAAGAUAGUCCCUGCAAACUGCAAAUAUAAUAUUCUCUCAACCAAGAUAGAAAUCCGUCUUGCAAAAGUUGAACCCAUCCACUGGACAUCUCUUGAAUUUAACAAUAACAUUGUGGUUGCGAGAAGCAGCAUCGUCUCAACAGGUAAUCGAAGGCCUGUGUACCCUUCUUCAAAACCAACAAAGGACUGGGAUAAACUUGAAGCCCAAGUGAAAAAGGAGGAAAAAGACGAAAAGCUUGAUGGUGAUGCAGCUUUGAAUAAAUUCUUCCGUGAGAUUUAUUCAGAUGCUGACGAGGAUACUAGACGCGCCAUGAGUAAAUCUUUUGUGGAGUCGAAUGGAACGGUGCUAUCAACAAACUGGAAAGAGGUGGGAGCAAAGGAAGUUGAAGGAACCCCUCCAGACGGCAUGGAACUGAAAAAGUGGGAAUAUUAAAGUUUUGAGCACAGCAUUUGUGUAAAAUAAAUUUCCUUGAUGUUUUUUUGGUGGUUUUGCUGGCCUUGUCUUGUACUUGUCUAUUCUUUUUUUGUGAAGCAAAACCUGUUUACUUUUCUUCUAGUAGCCUUUUGUGUUGGUAUUAUAUAUGACGUGUUUUUGUUCGCGACUUAAAACGCUUUCUGGGACUUUGUAUAUCUUUGUUUAGACUGCGUAUUUGUCGUGUUACAGAAUAUCUUUGUUGGUAUUUAGAUGAUUAUGGUUCUGUUUCG